UUCUCGUUUUGCUGUUGCCCCGAACGGUCGGUAACCGGAAUUUUGAAUUUAAAAAUAUAUAUGCUAAAAAACCAGAAAUUAUACCAAAACCAAAAACAAUCUUUUGUGUGCCAAGCCUAAAAAAGAAGAAAAAAAUAAAAUAAAAGUGCUGACAGUGCUAGCCGGAAAUUGGGACGCUAAAACGUCAACAUAAUUACGCGGCAAUAAUUUUUGAAAACCCAAAGAGAUCGCCAGAAAUCAAUUUGUCCCGUGUGACACAGAUCUGGAGUGGAACAAAAGUCGAAAACCCUAACCAUUGGAUACUUAUUUAAGCACCGAUCGGCGGCCAGUGCACUCCAUAUAAAAAAUAAAUAAAACAAUAUGAUGUCCAGAACAGCUCUGCUAAUUGCCGGACUCCUACUGAUCGUGGGCAGAUCCGCGGUUUCCUCAUACCCACAAUCCGCACUCGAAGAAGACGGAAUGCAGGGUGAUGAUAACUUUGAUUACGAAGAGGAUAACGACAGUGCGCCCAGUCCGCAGAUAAAGGCGAGUUCCAGUACCGGUGAGACGAUAAACAAAACCCUUACUGUGACAGGAAUCCGAGGCGAAGAUGUGGUGCUCAAGUGCGAUGUGGGAAGCAAUCUGCAAAGUUCAGAUGACGUAGUUCUGUGGCAUUUUGGCAACAAUGUCAUUUCCAAUGGCAAGAAUCUGGUGCACCCCAACUUUGAAUUGAACGCCAACUACGAUCUGACCAUCCUGAAGGCCAAUCCUCAGGACGCCGGCACCUAUUACUGCAAGGUUCUGCCCUCCGGAUCCUUGGUCUACACGAAAGUGAUCAUUGCCGAGCAUUCCCUGGACGCCAUUGCACCGGAGAGCUCUACUUCAGCGGCGGGAUCUGGAAGCAGUUUUCUCGGGUACACGCUAAUGGGAUCCACCAUAUUGCUGCUCCUGGGAAUGGGCAAACACUAGAAUAGCUUAGUAUUACGCUGGCAUAUCACUGCCUUCUCUUCUACACUCUCCACUCUUCUUACAGAAAAUGAGCAUUUUAAGUCUUUGUUGAUUGUAAAUUUUUGUAUUUGUAAAGACACAAAAUCAACUUUAUUUAUUAAAUAAAAAAGGAACCAAAGUAAA